AUGCCUGACUCUCAACAGGCUGUUUUCGAUCUUUUUGCUACGGAAUUCACUUUUCAAGAGACACACGAGACUGCAGAGAAAUUCGCCGCCGGCUUGCUUGCUGCUGGUUUGAAGCCAGGUGAUCGAGUGGCAGUUUGGGGACCGAAUCAGCCAGAAUGGUUCAUAAUGAAGUGGGCCACUGCUAAGCUUGGCAUGCCGUUAGUUAGUCUGAACCCUCUCUACACUCAACCAGAGCUUGAGUAUGCGAUGAACAAGGUCAACGCGAAAGCACUCGUCUGUCCAAAAGAGCUUGGACCUCUCAAUUAUCACGGAGCUCUAAAAUCAUUGAUUCCUGAUCUUGAAAGCCAGGACAAAUUCAGCAUCAAAUCAAAGGCAAUGCCUGACUUGAAAACGAUCGUCUUUUACUCUUGCUACGAAGAAGUCGGUGGCGCGAUAAGAUGGGACGAGCUCGAAGAAAUGGGAUCAGACAAAAACCUGACGGAAGUUCGAAGCGUAAAAGUCGACCCCUACAGUAACUCGAACAUCCAAUUCACUUCCGGAACAACUGGUCGGCCUAAGGCGGCUGGGUUAAGCCACUAUGGGCUUGUGAACAAUGCGAUUGGAGUUCAUGACCAUGUGAACAAAAAUGGCCAAGUUUCAGUCCCAGGCGAAACGAAGAUACUAAAUAUUCUGCCAUUAUAUCACGUGUUCUCUUAUCUUGGAGGGUCAAUGCAAGGAUGUUACUCUUUGCAGGCAAAUGUCUUUCCGACUCCGGGAUUCAAUGCGGAUGCAGCCCUCAAUUGUCUCGCUGACUAUCAAUGCAAUGUUGUUCUCGGCACUCCUACAAUGUUUGUCGACAUGAUCAACUCACCUUUGGCCAAGGAGCUUGAUUUAAGAAUUGGGAUUUGA